AACCAUCUUUCUUUUCUGUCUGUCGUAUGAUUCUCUCUCUUCAGAGACAACAAGAGUAAUACUUUCUUUCUUUCUCACAUUCAUCACUUCCCCAUUAUUCAUUUUCUCCACCUUUCCCCUUCUCUCAUUUUACACCAACAAACCACCUUCUUCUCUCUCUCUCUUUCUCUCUCCUCAAUCUUCGAGAUCUUAACUUCUCCUCAAUUUCUUGAUUUCUAUACUCUAAAUUUCGCAAAUUCAGCGAAAAGAUUUUCCGCCUUCAUUUGCUUCGAUAUCUCACCCCUAAAUUCUAGGGUUUCUAUUUAUUAAUUUAUCAAAAUCCGAACGAAAGUAGGUGGAAUUUGUAUCGUUUGAUUGAAGCAAAAUUUGGUGAACACAAAAAGUUUUUAUUUGCUAGGUUAAGAGAAAUUUUGGUUGAUUUCAAUAUAAAAAUGGAUUCAGAAGAUGACAUGCAUGAUGCGAAUGAUUUGGAAUCUUUAGAAGAUUUCUACAGUGGAGAUACCGCAAUCGAUUCCGAUGAUGCUGCUGAUGGCGAUUAUGAAUUCAUUGAUAAUGAUUCCGAAGAUGAUUAUGAUGAUUCCUCUUCUCAUCGUAAUCAGCAAAACUAUACCAUAUUGAGUGAAGCUGAUAUUCGUCGAUGGCAAGAGGAUGACAUCUCGAAGAUCUCAACAGUGCUUUCAAUUUCUAAGGUGGAAGCUGGCAUACUUCUGCGCCAUUAUAAUUGGAGUGUCAGUAAAGUACAUGAUGAAUGGUUUGCUGAUGAAGAAAAGGUUCGCAACACUGUUGGUCUUCUGGAAAGACCUGUUGCUGAAUUCCCGAAUGCAAGAGAAAUGACUUGCGGGAUUUGUUUUGAGGACUUUCCAAGUACUAUGAUGAGUACCGUUGCAUGUGGCCACCCAUUUUGUAACUCAUGUUGGGCAGGUUACUUGGGUACAUCCAUUAAUGAUGGCCCUGGAUGCCUGACGUUGCGAUGCCCUGAUCCAUCAUGUGCUGCGGCUGUGGGUCAGGACAUGGUAAAUAUGCUGGCUUGUGAAGAGGACAAGGAGAAGUAUGCUCGUUACUUUCUUCGAUCAUACAUUGAAGACAAUAGGAAGGCCAAAUGGUGCCCUGCUCCUGGUUGCGACUAUGCGGUUGAUUUUGUUGUUGGUAGUGGAAACCAUGACGUGACCUGCCACUGUUCACAUGGGUUUUGUUGGAAUUGUACUGAAGAAGCUCAUCGACCGGUUGAUUGUGGCACAGUGUGCAAGUGGAUUAUGAAGAACAGUGCAGAGUCUGAAAACAUGAACUGGAUAUUGGCCAACUCCAAACCAUGCCCAAAGUGCAAGCGUCCGAUCGAGAAAAACCAAGGAUGUAUGCAUAUUACGUGUACGCCUCCCUGUAAAUUUGAAUUUUGCUGGCUUUGUCUUGGUGCUUGGUCUGAACAUGGUGAGAGGACAGGUGGUUUCUAUGCAUGUAAUCGCUAUGAAACUGCAAAGCAGGAGGGAGUGUAUGAUGAGUGCGAGAAACGUAGAGAGAUGGCCAAGAAUUCGUUAGAGAGAUAUACUCAUUAUUAUGAACGUUGGGCGAGCAACCAAUCGUCUAGGCAGAAAGCACUUCAAGACCUUCAGCUAAUGCAAAAUGUGCAUCUAGAGAAGCUGAGUGACAUACAGUGUCAGCCAGAGUCGCAACUAAAGUUUAUAAUUGAAGCAUGGUUGCAGAUUGUUGAAUGUAGACGUGUCCUAAAAUGGACAUAUGCUUAUGGCUAUUACUUGGCUGAGCAUGAACACGCUAAGAGACAGUUUUUUGAGUAUUUGCAGGGUGAAGCAGAGGCUGGUUUGGAGCGACUUCAUCAAUGUGCAGAGAAGGAACUGCAAGUGUACCUUAAUGCAGAAGGUCCAUCAAAAGAAUUUAAUGAGUUUCGUACAAAGCUAGCUGGUCUUACAAGCGUAACAAGAAAUUAUUUUGAGAACCUUGUGCGUGCCCUAGAAAAUGGUUUGUCAGAUGUGGAUGCACAUGGUGCUUGCAGCCGAACGACGAGCUCGAAAAGCCUAGGUGGUAGGAGCAAAAGUGGAAGGGGCAAAGGCACGUCUUCAAAAUCUGGUAGUUCUAGUAGAAAUAUUGAUGAUUCAAGUCAUUGGUCUUGUGAACAUUGUACAUUUGCCAAUGUUAGGUCUGCUACCAUUUGUCAGAUGUGUCAUAAUAGAAGGUGAACAGUCUCCUGUACUCGGACUCACCUGGAGGUAAAAAGUCGCUGGGCCAUAAUUUCAUUGAUGGCAAUAAUGGAUGCCUAAUGAUCUCUUGUGGCUCGCAUUUUCCCAACUUUCACAUGCAUGAGGUGGAAACCCGGAUUCAUACUGAAUUAACAAGGGUCAAUUUGGUUGGGGGAGGUACAACGUUUUUAUGUUUCGAUGUUAAAUUUCGUGCUGUAUAUAGUUCCGUUUGUAGUUCCGUCUGCUGCAUCUGCGUUGGGAUCCUAACCAGCAUUUAAUGGGAACAUUUGAAUUAUUUAGCUGUUAAUUUGUACAAUUGCCUAGGCCUUGCAGCCAGAUUGUAAUAGUUGAAAACAAAAAUUUGUAUAAUAGCCUGAGCCCUUUAGCCAGGUUGUAAUAGUAAAAAAAAUGAAAAUGUACUUGUAGCAAGCUGUUUUGGCUUAAGAUGUGGCUUCUAUUGGAAAUUCUUAUCUCAGAUGUCUAGAAAACAAGCACGAUAUGUAUUGGAGAGUCUUUCCUCUACUUCUAAUUGAUAUAUAUGUAUUUCAAGUA